GACAGCGGUGGUCACGAGGUGGUAGUCAGGUGCUUCGCGGAGUGCCUUCGAUGCCUUCUGCUGCAUUGAUUCAUUCCGCUCUCGAUUACUGUGCGCACGGCUCAGCGCGAGUUCGCGUUCGUUCGACCCGGCCUCAAACUCGACCUCCAGGAUGACGGGCGGCACGGGAAAGCCGAGCAAUCUGGUCCGCGCGUCGUUCCUCGCCCUGUUCGCCGUCUGUCAGCUCUUCGCCCUCGCCCGCGCCUGCACGCCCACCGUGAUCUGGUGCUCGCACGAGUCCGACUACGACCCGGCGUACAGAAGCUCGAGCCCGUUGCAGAGGCCCGAGCUGUUCGAGAGGUACCUGGGGCUGUUCAAUUUCACCACGACGCUCGUCACCAACGAUCUGUGCAUCGAGGAUUUAAAGAACCACAAGGUGCUGUCAAACGCCACCAAUGGCUCAAAGAUACUUUAUCACCCGUGUGUCAAAGCAUUGGACAUCCUCCAAAAUAACUAUAAGACAAGAACGUUAGAUAUAAACGACGAACACGAGGUCAACAUGAUUUUCAAGGAUAUCGAUUCGAAUGGAUGCAUAGUGCUUACUGGAAAACAGUGUCGUUACAGCUACGCCGAACGGAUAAAGAGGGAAGCGCUUGCGGCUAAUACUACUACAGAAGUGAGAAUAAAAACAGACAAAGUUAUAUUGUAUUCCGCUGAGCCACUGUUAUUCAAGGCGGCCGACGAGUCAGAGCCGGUGAGUCUCGGUCAGUCCAACCUCAACGGAGCGUCGUCUCGCACGGAAAAGGAUAAGGACAACAAGGAUAAGGAGGUCACGAUCCUGAGCGUCAAAUUCAACACUGAUAAGCUCGGCGAGCUCACGCUCGAGUUCUACUUCCCGAAAAGCAUCGGUUACUACAAGCUGAGCAAAGUGACCUCCCAGUUAGCCAAAGGGAGCGACACUCUGCUCACCAGGCGGGACAUUUCCUUCCCGACCCGGUUCUCCUACCAUUGCUCGCCGAAAACCGUCUUCGCCGGGAACAGCACCGACUUGAGCAUCACGGAGAUGCAGUUGCAGGUCGAUCACAAGAACGCGACGUUUGGCGACGCGUACGACUGCGUCGGUUUUACUAGUAUACCGAUUUGGACGGGGAUAUUCGUGACGCUGAUACUGGGCCUGAUUAUGAUAUGGGCGCUCACCAUGAUCCUGGAUAUCCGCACGAUGGACAGAUUCGACGAUCCCAAGGGGAAAACUAUCACGAUAUCCAGCGCGGAGUAGGAUGAUAAUAAUAAUAAUAAUAAUGGAAACUUAUAAUGCAAUUGUACUAAGUACUCGUGCGAAAUUUUCACGUAUAAUAUUGCGUCGAUUGUUCACGAUGACGGUUAUACGUCUUGAAUGUUUAAUUCCGCGAUUUGAGUGUCAUACGUUUUCACGAAAAAAAAAAAAAAAAACAGAAUAUCGAGUAGUAAUGAUAAUACUAGUCUCAUUACGAUAAACACAACCUUCGCUCGAUGUAUAAAUAUCAUUCCUUUGUAAAAUAUUAUC